UAUGCACCAAACCUUUUUGCUGAACCCAGAAAUUUUAACAAGAAUUGGUCUUAUUCGACUAGUGAGCUGUGGGUCUCUUGGCGUUGGAUGCGCGGGCUUUUACAAUUAAAAUAAAAGACUGCAAUUUUGCAGGCUUGUUGUUGACUUCAUAAUACAAUAUAUUUUCACUAUUACCAAGGGAUUUGACCAAAAUUAGAUUUUCGACCCGCCCUAAUGUUCAUAUAUGUACUACGGAUUUCACCAACCGAUGAGGGUAAUAUGUACACAUUCACGCAUUUCUAAUAAAUUCACUCUUUAUUUACAGGUUCGCAGUAUCAACGAAAAUCGUGGCGCGGUCGAACGUCUAACAUUUAAUAACCACACCGAAUGUCACUGUGUAGAAAAAUCUAUGCAACAGGUGGAGGAGUAUUAUCAUCUGCCACUCUACGGUAUAUCGUUCGGUGGAGAGACACUCCGAAGAGCUACCAUUUUCAACUGUAACUGUCCCAAGUUGUACGAAAAAAUUUUGCAGGAGGACGAUUUCUGCCGAUGUGACUGCUCUUCCGGUAACACCGGUUGUGAUUGGCUCAAGAGGGGCAUGGAGCAUUUCUCGAUGAUUGAUCGGAAUCAUGUAUUUUUCAGAUGCAUAUCCGAAGGACGUUGCAAGGCGCCUACAUGUGAGCAUGGGACCUAUAUCAAAAAGUACGGACGAUGUCCCAAACGGGAGGAGCAAUUUUCGACGUCAUUGUCUGCCCCAGAGACGUUGAAAAACAAUGCGUUUCUGCCCAUUAAUUACCAUUGAAUGGAAUUAUUAAUACUAUAUAUUUUUUGGUGCAACUAAAAUUAAGUAUUAAUAAAAACGUUUAAAUAGAGGUAGCAAUUUA